AAAAUGUGUGGGAUGGAAACACUAUGCUUAUGCAUAGUGUUAUGAGUCUUAUAUCCUUGAUUUUCACUAUUCAUAAGGAAUUUUCCCUACAUCCCUUCCCUUUGUUUGCUCUAUGCUAUUUGCUAAGCCACCCAAGGUUCAAACCUUGAUUCAAGCAUUUUCCCAAAUUCCUUUUCCUUUCUUUAUUUUUCCUUCUUUAUUUCCUGCUUUCUUUUUUCUUUCUGUUUCUCUUUUCUGGCGGUUCUCUUUUCUUUCUGUUUCUUCCUUCCAUUUUUCUCUCCUCUGUUUCCCCUUUUGCCUCACCUUCUCCACCUGUGUCUCCUUCUUCGCUUUGCUCCCUUUGAUCCAGCUUGUUGCUUCUUCGCAGUUCGUCUUAUCUUGUGCGGCGGCGCUAUUCUUCUACGACGAUCGGAACUCUUCCAGCCUGUGGGAAGCAUUGAAUUCAUUACCUGACGCAAUUGAAUUGGUUAGUUAGGCAAACCUUCAUUCCUAGAUGAUCAUUCGAUUGGUAAAUAGUUCAUUGCUUCCCACAUGCUUGAAAUCUUUCCGCCUUUGGUUACUGGUUAGGAUGGUGGUUUGAUUAACAACUUGAUAGGUUGUUAACAGGCAGGACAGGUGUUGCAAGCAUCAUUGCUCGGUUUGGUUCCGAGUGUUUCCGGCUAUCCUUGCUUUGCCUCUUGAGUGCGUUAGGUUAUGGCAGUGCCGCCCGCACAAAUCCGUAUUCCUUUUCAGCCUCUUUUGAGGCAGGUUGUAGAGUGCUUGCACUUUCCAAAGCCAAUGUACGAUAUGUUAGAUAUAGAUAAAAAUAAUGUUUGCGUGGCGGUGAGGCCGGGAACGAGUGCAAUUGCUUAUGUGUACAUUGGCGGAGAAGCUCCUACACUGGAGGAGUCUUGCGAGAGAGCUGCUGAGAAGGCUGUCCGUAGCCUUAUAAAAAAAUAUGAUGUUGUUGUUGAGGAUUUUACUUCUGCUAGCAAUAGGGCCCUUGAAAGAUGUGCGAGGUUGUAUCGUCUCAAGAGAGUUGAGUUAGAGGGUAUUGAAAGCGGACAUCCACAGGUCCUGCCUCCAGAACAUCAUUGUAUGGACAUUCGAGUUUCUGUGAAACACGUGCGUCUGGAUUAUAUAGGAGUAUUGCGCACCGUGGUUGCCCAGACUCAAGUCUUGCUUGCUCCUAUUGAGCAUCUCCAGUUUGGGCCUCACACUUGGGUUUGUUGGUUGACAUUCACAAGUCCGCACAAGAGUAAUGCUAUGGAGUCUGUUGUUGGGGAUUAUACAGAGACUCUUGAGGAUGCUAAGCAAAGUGUAGCAAAGAAGGCCAUCUAUUGCUUGAUGCGCCUCUAUGCUUUUGAACUUGUAGACGCGAACUAUGGGUCUGGGAAAUACGCUGCUGUUGUGUAUUCUCUUGAACAAGAAAGUUGCUCGACUGUGAGGGAGCGCAUGUCCGGGGUUAAAGAAACUAUUCAGCCUAGCGCCCUUGUGAUUGAGCAAGACUGCUUGACUCCCCGUGGUUGUCCAUUUCAGAUACCCUCUAUGAUUACUGCUCCUCUCCCCCCCAAAAAGCGCAUGUCCAGACCCUCUUUUGUCAGGCCAUCUGUUCCUGGUUCUACUUCUGCAACCCCGGUCUUCUUUGUUCCACCUGAACUUGACACUGUGUUCAAACGCCGGAAGACUGUUUAACCUACCGAAAUAGUUCAACCUUUGGGGUGUGAGCACACCGUGCUCUGUUUCGUGAAACUGCCUCCUCUUUUGAUGGGACAAGCCUAGAUGUAUUCCUAUAAUUUAGGUGGCUUGUAUAUGUAAUAUUAGGGGUGAUGGUUCUCUUUUGGUUCCCUCUUGCUGUAUCGCCAUACAGUUUCUCUUUUGUUAGCUGUCAAGCUUGUUAGGUAGUUCAAGUUGUAAUGGUGCUAUGUUUAGAAAUUCUGGUUCGUCGUAUAUGGCGAUCAUAUGUAUGCUUUUAAUAGCAGUCAACUUUGUAUUGAAUCCUUAUGUUUAAAUGAAAUUCAGUUUGUUUUGGAGCACUCUUCUUUGUAUCCUGCUUUACAGUGCUUUUCCCUUUCCUUGAUGUAUCGUGUCUCACUUCCCUGAUGCUGCCUCCUGCUCAUGUUUCUUGUUGUUAAUUGCAUUCUAAAUUUACCUAGGGUUGUUUGAUAUGUAAAUGUAAGUUGGUGGACACACCAGACUAACAUGUAUGUCUAUUCAGGUCUGUAGGUUGUGUUCACAGUUAUUGAAUGUUGGGUUUUGGUUGAGGAGAGGCUCUCACUUGUGUUGUUCGUUUUGUACACAGCGUGUUCUUUGUGCCUUUGUUUGUCGA